AGGAAGUAUGUAGUGAGUUUUUGAAAAGUUUUCAUUAUGGUGGGUUUUAAAGGAUUUCUAGCAACUUUUGCCUUCACCCAGAAACUUAUUUGGAGUUCGUCUGAAGUGGGCAGGGAGGGGUUAAGUAGUUCUUGUGAACUAAUCGAGUCGUCGUAAAAGUGGAAGUUUUGGAGGAUGGAUCCAUUUCUGGUUUUGCUGAAUUCAUUUUCGACCAGCAUAUCUCCAGAUGAGCUUUCUAAUCUCAAAUUUCUGUGCCAGUCCAAAAUCGGUAAAGGAAAGUUGCAAGCUGUGAAAAAGGGCACUGAGCUCUUUACCAUUCUCCUAGAACAACAAGACAUUACACCCAGCAAUGUAGAAUUCUUAAGAGAGAUGCUCAAAAGUUUGAAAAGAGAAGAUCUGGUAACUCAACUAGACCACUUUGAAGAAAAUGUAGAAGGUGAUCCCACCGAGCAGCUAAGCAUUGAAGAAAAACGUAAGGUGGAGAGAGCAUUUGAAGUCAUAUGUGACAAUGUUGGAAAAAACUGGAAAAUGCUGAUUCGAAAACUUGGAAUUUCAGAUGCCAAAAUAGAUCGAAUUGUGGCUGCCCAUCCAUACAACUUAGAGGAGCAGUUGAUGCAAUCCCUUCUAGCAUGGAAGAAAUUGAAAGGAAAAGAAGCUAAGUCUGAGGACUUAGUAAAAGCCCUCAGGGCUUGUAAAAUGAACCUAGUGGCAGACAGAGUUGAAGAUGCUUUACAUCUGGUCAUCUAAAAUACAAUAAAAUCACUGGGAAGAAAAUUUUACUGAGAUAUUAAAUGAUAUAUUAGCCAGGAAAACAGAUCUUGUAGAAUUCCCUUUACAUGUGUACAUAUACUGGCUUGCCUUGUUUGCGUGCAGUGGAAUUAAGACUACUUUAGCUCUCUGAUUUGUGCCAAGACUGGCAAAGUUGGAUGCCUUUGGAAUUCCAUGUGCAAAGCUUAUACUUGUCAAGGUAAAGUAUUUAUAAUUCUAUUAAAAUCAAUUUUAACAGAAAUCCUCCAUUAAUCCUCUUGGAGGAGGAAUACAACCAAAACAUGUGAUGAAGAUGAUAAUAUAUGAAUGGUAAUAGACUAGAAGUCUUGCGCUAGAUAUUGUUUUAUGUGUGGGGUCAUGAACACCACCUGUUUUACAUGAGCAGAGGCAAAAAUUGCUUUCUUUGAACCUUUGAUGAAUUUGGAACUUUAAUGUUGUGGAAUUGUUGUCAUAUUUGUCAUGCUGAUAAUGUGCUUGAGACCCAGAUGCCAAAAUAUAUUUCCUAUUUAUAUAUGUGAAAA